AUGUUGAAAGAAAGAGCCAAAGGUUACUUAGCUGAAAAUGAUACUGCACAAUGUUCCGAGAAAUCUUUCCAGGUAUAUAUUUUUUCAAUUUAUUUUAAUGUAAUUCAAUACAUUGAAAGUUAUAGCACUUUUUGCUUAGACUUCUAAUCUUUAUUAAAUUAUUUCCAGGCCACUAAAUUGGCAUUGAUCAACUACGUUAAAAGGCUUGAAAAAACCUCCAAUAUUGAAAUUGUGCCAAAGCACUUGGAGAACCCGUGGAGCUAUAAAAUAUUUAACAAGUUGUGCCGUCUCAUCGUAAAGAAAUCCGAUCGUAAUCAAUCUAAAGAUAUUGUUGCUGGGUGGGAAGCAGCUUAUAAGUAAGAUAUAAUCACUGAUUUGGAGAUUUUUACUUGUUUUUAGAUUCCACGUUAAAGGUUGGACCCAAAAUGACCUUUCUGUUGAGGAUGUGAGAUUUUUACUUCCUUUUGUUUUUCGGUAAGUCAAAGAAUUGUUUAUUUGGAUUAUUAUUUUUAGAUUCAUCGACAUUGUUGAUGAGGAGCUGAACCUCAAUAAUGAAAUGGCCACCUAUGUUCGAGAUAACUUGUUCACUAUUAAUAUCGAUGAAAUUGCAGCCGAAAUCUAUGAGGUUAUUAUUAAAAACAAAAUAUAUUAGUUUAUAAUUUAUAUAUUUAUAGGAGUCAAACAGAGGUAAGAUCACUCAGCUCCUACAAAAAUUUAAAGAUGAGAAAAAGACUUGGUAAAUUUUAUUUCUUUUUUUAUUCAUUUUUAAACAACUAAAUUUUAGCUCGUGAAACUGAAUGUAUUAUAUAAGAGCAAAUAUGGUGAAGAUCUUGCUGAUGUUCUAGUCAGAAAUAAAGAUGAAUUUAAAAAAUUUCUUGGUAUUAAAGUUAUGUUGUGAAUAAAUGUAUUGAUAAUACACUGCUCCACAUAAUUAUAUAUUCACAUGAGAUUUUUCGAAAAAUCGAAUAUUUUGAGAGUUUCUGAAAAUCUUUUUGUUGUAAAAAGAUGGGAAUUUCGAUCAGAUCAAUAUAGCUAUCAACAAAGUUCCUAUAAAAAAAUAAAUGUUCUUAAAAAAAUUUUAAUUUUUUUCAAAAACCGAAUUUUUCCGUUCCACAUAAUUAUAUAUCCACCUAAGACUUUAAACUUUUUGAACCAUUUUUUCCGGUUUUUUGUAUCAGUUAUCAUUUUCUCAUAAUUUUUGUUUAAAAAUAAGAAGAAGAAGAGCAAAAAGGUUUUCCAAGAAGUUGAGGAACCUCGGAUUUAAUCAGAAAACGGUCGCGAUGCUCUUCAUUACAUCAGCUACUCUUGAAUCGAUUAUGAUGUGAAUAUUUCGAUCUCAUAAGUACCUUUGUACUUGUGAGCAACAAUUUAAGUUCAAAAAACUUCAGUAAAAUAUUUUUUUGCAUUAAAAAGAGGGAGUUUUCCAAUAACAUUUAUGAUUUUUUUGCGGUUUUGCCAAAAAUAGAAAGCUUAAAAUGUCUUCGGACCAUUUCUGUAAACUUUUUCUGAGAUAAAAUCGUUUUUUUACUUCAAGAAUAGUUGGUCUCAUCAAAAAAACCUGCUUCUAGAAAAGAAGAAUGAGCGAAAUCGGUAAAUAACUAAGGAAAUUUCAAGUCAAAUUAAUAGGAAUCUGAAUUUUUUUUUUCUUCGAAUUUUAAAUUACUGUUUUCUUCUCAAGAUUAAAGAUUACAGUUACAUUUUUGUUUUAAAACAUUGAAUAAGCCAUAAUUAUCCUUAUUCAGCGAAGAAAAUUAAACAGAAAGUCAACAAAAUCGAAAUCACGAAAUAUCCUUUUUUGACUCUUGUUUCUCUGAAGUUUUUUCAGCUUUGAAAUUUGUUUUGUCAGAUUUUCCUAAGUUAAACUAUUACUGAUUUCCUCCUCAGCCUUGUUCCAUUGUAGAUGAAGAAUUUCUCCGCUCAAUGACUGAGAAAAGCGAGUUCAAGUUGAAAAAACUGAUAACUUUCUCGAAGGCGCUCACGGUUUUUGAAAUUUUUUUUCAAAAUUUGACGCCCAUUCAAGAAUAUUUUUUGUGAUAAACUUUUUCAAAACUUCUGAGUUUACCCUGAUUAUGAAAAUUCAACCCUCACAUUGAUGACUGUUGAGCUGGAGUACAAAACAGCACCGCGACCGUUUUCUGAUCAAAUCCAAGGUUCCUCAACUUGUUGGAAAACCUUUCUGCUCUUAUUCUUUUUAUUUUUAAACAAAAUUGAUAAGAAAAUUAUAUCUGAUGCAAAAAACCGGAAAAAAUGGUUCAAAAAGUUUAAAGUCUUAGGUGGAUAUAUAAUUAUGUGGAACGGAAAAUUCGGUUUUUUUGAAAAAUUAAAAUUUUUAAAAACAUUUAUUUUUCAAUAGGAACUUUGUUGAUAGCUAUAUUAAUCUGAUCUAAAUUCUCAUCUUUUGACAACAAAAAGAUUUUCAGAAACUCUCAAAAUAUUCGAUUUUUCGAAAAAUCUCAGGUGGAUAUAUAAUUAUGUGGAGCAGUGUAUAAAUUUGGAUCGAAAUCAUCUAUCUAAUCAAGUCCAAAUUUACAAUUCCUACUUCUCUUGAUAGUAUCAUUUCCGGUAAAGUGUCUCGCAUGUAAACACCACGGAAAUUCUUGAUUCCUAAUUGUAGGAGCCCAUAGCUCAUUGCAGCUAUUUCCGCUCCAUUGAAACACUGGACAAAGUCCUCCAGACGGCCCAAAGGCUUUUAAGAUAACAUUCCGAUGCGCACCGAUAACAUCAGCUCUUACCGUCGCGACGAUCAGCCGAUCGCGACGCUAAGAGCCGCGGAGGCGCCGACCCCGACGCCCUCCAAGAUCACACAAUCCCUCACCCGAGCCCACGCUCUAUUGAAAGCCAAUUAUAACUUUCAAGCUUUCAGGGCCGCCGUCGACAACUAUAAAAGCCCGCCACGACGACGGCAGGACAAGACCGGGGACCGGCAACGGACCCGCAGACCACCACCCGACGCCGCCAUCUCUUUUUAUUUAA